CUCAGCAGAUGAAAUAGCCACGUUCGGUAUUACUCAAUGAGGACGCGCUUUAACAAAGAUAUAUAUGCGACAUAUUAUGAAAAUUUCAUAAAUAUUCGUCAUUCGAGGAUACGUACAGAAAUAUGUAUUUUUAUGGCGUGCAUUGAGUUCCUCGUCGUGAUGCGAUCUUCAAAACAUCGCCGUUGCUGAGAAGCUUCUCCAUUUUUUCGUGUAAUUUCACCGUUGCUUCGCCCAACCAGCGAGCAGGCAUCGUGAACAGUGCCAGUAGCCCGGGCAGCUGACGCCCUUUACAGGACGGGAUAAUAUCAAAGAUGGCGGCAGAUACCGGCUGCAACUUUCGAAUCCCACACCCACAUUUUCGUUUUAAGCGAUGGACGUUUCUGCUGGUGUUUUUAACUCUGCUUCAUAAUACGAGGACGCAAGAAAAUGUGAAUUCCCAGGCGUGUGAGAAGGUAUUGAGCAGUGGAACCGUCACCUACCACGCCUGCAUCAGUAAAAUCGAAUUUCUGUCGUUUUUGAACCUCGACCCGAUAAUAGAACCAGAAAACAGCACUUGUGGGUACGAGACGGACCCUAAAAACAAUGAAUAUUGCACAUUGGGUUACGACCAAGAUUGUUCAGAAUGUGAUGCUACUCAACCAGACUUGGCUCAUCCAGCACCCUAUGUGAUAGAUACAGCAUCUAGUGGAGGUGAAUUAACUUGGUGGCAGUCACGAUCAUGGCUAGACUUUGUUUCCGAGGACGAUGAUUUCAUCAUUAAUGUAACAUUAUCAAUGAGGAAAGGCUACGAGUUAUCAGAUAAAAUUAAGAUAACUUUCAAAUCUGGGCGUCCUCAGAAAAUGGUAAUUCUGAAAUCAUCAAAUAACGGUGAAACAUGGGAUCCUUAUCAGUACUACGCUCGUGACUGUGUAAGUGCUUUUGGUAUGGAACCAAAAGCCGAUCCCUCGGAUAUAACUGAUGUUACAGAGGUCAUCUGUACUCCUGCCUAUAGUGGAUCGCUUCCAGAGAAAGAUGGUAUCGUGGAAUUUGAUCUUAAUUUUAGGCUAGAAAAACUAUUUGCGGACACUGUUGGUUCAGACAAUGACCUCAGUCUUUUUUAUGAAGUAUUUGAAAGUGAUGAAAUUCGAAACUAUAUCGAUGUCACAGAUAUCCGGAUUUCUUUGAUGUACCCAGCGACGGACGGUUUGGAAACCACUUUGAAACCCGAAAAUUUGAGAAAUUAUUUUUAUGCCAUCUCAGAUAUUUAUUCUAGUGUAAGAUGUCAGUGUAACCUUCAUGCUGAGAACUGCAAUGAAUUAUCAGGUGGACAGUAUUCAUGUGAUUGCAAACAUAACACUAUGGGUGUGAAUUGUGAAUUAUGCUUACCACUGUACAACAAUCGACCGUGGCAAGCUGGAAGCUAUCUUCCUUAUCCUAGUGGUACGGCUAACGAGUGCCAGCUUUGUGAUUGCAAUGAACAUGCAGCUAACUGUUCAUAUGAUGAAACUGUUGGUAAGGGUGUGUGUGAAGGUUGCGAAGACAACACAGCAGGAUUGUUUUGCGAAAUCUGUGUCGCAGGUUAUUAUCGAAACCAGUCUGAGCCUGUGAACAGUCCUGACGUCUGUAUAGGAUGUGACUGUGAACCGCUUGGAACUCUUCCUACGUCUGAAAAUGUUACGGAAUGCUCGCAGUAUGAAAAUGAUGUCACCGGGCAGCCAGUCGGUCAGUGUUCAUGCAUCGACUUUGUUACUGGGAGACGAUGUGAUGAAUGCAUUGAUGAGUAUUACGGUCUGAAGCAAGUGGAAAGUGCGGGACUCUGCAAAGAAUGUGGAUGUAAGAUUCUUGGCACGGUGAACGCCAGUAAUGUGUGCGAGAAAACCGAGGGACAGUGUCCGUGUAAACCAAACACUUUUGAAAGAGACUGUAGUAGGUGUAAGGAUGGUUUCUAUGCGUUUCCUAGUAGUACUGAAAUGGACUGUCUCGCGUGUCGUUGUGAUUAUGGUGGUUCUUAUACACAAAUCUGUAACAUUGUAUCUGGUCUGUGUGAUUGUCGGCCAAAUUUGAUUGGACAGCGAUGUAAUAUGGUUGACAGUGGAUACUUUUACAAUUACCUAGAUGCUAACAGUUAUGAUUCUUGGGAUGCUGUUUCUGCCUGUUCAAGAGAAUCUGAUUUACCCAUUGACUACACCGGAGUGGGUUAUCUUGUCUGUCAAGAUAACACAAAUGUGUUAUUUCAGAACGUGAAGGCAUUUUCUGUCAUGUCUGAUAUACAAAAAUAUCUUCCAGUUAUACGAUACUCAUACAAUUCCUCUGACAACUGGUACUCUGCAAGUUUGUCGCUCUCUGCAACUGGUGACUCGGCCAAUCAAGACUUAUUACAUGAGUUAGCUGGUGACGUUGACCCGGAUACUUCAUCUGGCAAUACCACUGAUGCACCAACAACUGCCGAUAUCACAUGUUCAGUACAAGCUGGGAUUAUUAUGAGUAUUGCAGUUGUGUUUACACCUGGCCAAGAUAUUUCGUGGCAACCUGUUAAUGUUGAAGACGACCUCUUAGAUGUGGAUCGCAGAUGUAACUAUGAAUUGAAUCUCCAACUAAUGAGUUCUGGAGAUGGUGCUGAUAACAUUCAAAUAGAUAGUCUAGUUUUGAUGCCAGUUUUGACGGAUUUUCAAGUUUACAAAUAUGGGGCAUGCGAUUGUAAUAUGAACUACUCUAUGGGUGACACAUGUACUGCACAUGGUGGUCAAUGUGUAUGUAAAACUGGUGUCUACGGCAGACAGUGUGAUCGGUGUCAACCAGGAUACUAUAACUUAACUGAAGAUGGCUGUACACCGUGCAAUUGUGAUCCUCUGGGUUCUGCUAGCUUGGUAUGUGACUUUGAAUCUGGUCAGUGUCCGUGCCAAGAGGGCGUGGCAGGCCUAUCGUGUCAGGAGUGUUCAACAGGAUUCAAACGAGCUUCACCAGAUGAUGGGUCUUAUAGCAUUUGUGAGGCAUGUGAGUGUCCUUAUAUUGACCCCAGUGCAGACCCAAAUACGCAGCCCUCAGCUCAGCGAGCUACUGAAUGUGAACCAGACACCGGUAUUUGUAUUGACUGUUCAUCUGGUUCAACUGGUGACUUCUGUGAGAUUUGCAAGGAAAACGUCAAGGGACCUGACUGUGAUCGAUGUAUUAGCUUCUUUUAUGGAUUUGAUACUGAAUUGUUUGGAGGUGCCUGCAAUGCGUGUAACUGUAAUACAACUGGUACUGGUGGAGUCAUGGAGUGUGACAAUGGUAGCGGUCAAUGUACAUGUAUUGGUAAUUAUGGAGGAAAGCAAUGUGCUCGAUGCAAAGACAAUUUUUACGAUUAUGAUUCAGGAUGUGUUCCAUGUGAUAGUUGCUAUGACGUUAUUGAUGAAGAAAUGACCAAAUUAAGAGAGUUGACACAAAACUUAACAGACUUUGUAGGGUAUUUGAGUAGUCAAGACAACACAACAGAACUUGGACCAUUCUACAUCAGACUACAAGAGACAGAAGAUGUGAUAAUGGAGCUGGCAGCAAAUAUCAAUGAAGCAGUCGCCGAAGAAGAUGAUUUGAAUGCAAGAAUAGAAUCAUUGAAUGGCACAAUGCAGACCUUGAUGAGUCUGCUGAGUAAUGACAUCACUAAUGCUGUCAACGAGACCAACGUUGAUAUCAAUGAAGCAGUUGACAAUGUUGCUGGAAGUAAAGACACAAUCGACACAAUAGAACAGAGAAUUACCGACUCUUACAACAUGCUGAACAGUGGUACAUUAGAGCAAGCUCAGAUAACUCUACAAGCAUUGCAGUCUGACUUAAAUAAACUUGAUAUACAGAUCACAUCGGCUGCCAGUUCUACAACGGGUGAUAUCGCAGAUUUAGAAGCACAAGUCGAUGAUAUGUCAACAAAAACAGAAGCCGCCAGACAGAGUGCUUUACAGGCUUUACAGACUGUACAGGAAGCCCAGCUACUUCAUGAUAACACCACAAACCGUGUGUCUGAUCUCCGUUCUGCUGCUACAUUUGUACAACAGAAAAGCGAAAACUUAGAUAGCCAAGCAACAGAAAUGUUGAGCCGUGCACAGUCCACCAAUCAGGAAGCCACUGCAGCACUGACGAAGGCUAUGUCGCCAAAUGACAACGCUGAUACUGAUGUCGAAAAUCUAAUAGACUCUGCUAGUGUUAAGAUUGCACAGGCUGGCGCUAUUGAAAAUCAGGCCACUCAGGCACUUGAACAAAAUCUAUAUAUCAUUGAUGAAGUGGCAGAUGCUGGCAAUAUAACUGACAUUACCCUGGCUGAAGUUAACACAGUCACCGCAGAUGUUACCGCAAGAUAUGACAGGUCAACAAAUGCAUAUACACUUGCAAACAGUGCUCUGGAAUUAUCAGGAGCAACAUUCGAUGCAGCCAAUGAGAUGUUAAAUACAUUAGAAAAUUUUGAAAGCAUUGUAGACGAAGUUGAGCAGGCAGCUGAUACAGCAAUGGACACUGUGGCAAGUGUUGUAGAAUUGAGUAACAGUGCGACAUUAGAAGCCAGGGCGAUACAAAGUGAACUAUCUGAUUCUGAACUGCAUGCCGAUUCUGCUUUGAGUAUCGCAGAUGAAGCAUUCAACAUGGCUGAAGCUGAAAGAGAGAGCGUGGCACCUGCUAAUAACCGAGCUAACCAACUUGCCGAAGAAGCUGCCGCGAAAUUAACAGACACUGACUCGUUGAUUCAGGAUGUAAAAUCCAUCAAUACCACGUUAGUAGCACCGCAACAAGCGAUAUGUAAUGAUUAUGCCACCACUAUGGAUACGCUAGAAGCAACAGUCCUGGAGGCAACUGACCAAUCAAAUCAGGCUUUGGUCAUGGUGGCUCAGACGGAGACUGACUUGAAAUUGCUUCUUGCGAGUUUGGAAAACAUUGGAACGAUUGACACUUCCCAAUUGUCUGGAUAUGCUGAAAGGAUAGCCGCAGCAAGGAAUACUUUUACGGAGACUGAUUUUGCAGCGUCUAUCGCUGCUUUGAAAAUUGCCGUUGAUGAACAGCAAACAUGGCUUGAUAGGACUAGACUCAAAGUUGAUUCGCUACAAUCACAAGUUGAUGCGCUGGAAAGUUUCAGAGUCACUUCUGGCUAAAUAACACCCCCCUUACAACAUAGAUUAUUCUACCCGUCAGUGAAAGCUUGACUAUGCAGUUGGCUGCUAAUAUUUUUGUACCCUCUAUUUUAUAACAGUUUGCUCAAAUGGAAUAGUUUCAUUGUAGUUUGUUCUUUGCACCCCCAUUGAAAAUGGAAUAUUCCAACCAUAUACCAAUAAAUUGAGGGGGCAGUCCAUAAAUGGAAGAGUAUUUAGGAUGCUCUUCCAAGUUCACGAGAUUUGCCAAGUUAUAUAUUUAACUGAAGUAUUCCAUUUCCUUGCAUUUUUGAAGAGAUUUUUUUUUAAGUCAGUUAGACCACCACCAAGCGGAAAUCUUUUAUUUAUAGAAAGUUAGUUGUAUGGUGCUAUGUAGUGAAGAAACCUCAUUUAGUGCCUAAACUCAACUCAAUAAAAAACAAAUGUUGAAAAUUUUGAAAAUAGAACCUCUCUGUUUUUCAAAUCUAUGCUAAUACUUUAUUUAUUUGUUUAUUUACUUUUUUUUGAACUGCCAUUUUGAAGUUUUUUUGAUAUUUCUUGAUUAUUGCUCCUGCUCUUUCUCUAGUUCCACAUAGAAAACCACUUAGGUAGUCCAGUAAUGA